GUCGGAGGGCGCGGCGCAGUGCAUCCUGGGUCGGCGUAGCCAUGGCGGCUCGUGUCCUUUCCGCUUGUGUCCGCCGACUGCCCGCGGCCUUUGCGCCGCUGCCCCGGGUCCCCACGCUGGCCGCGGCCCGGCAGCUCAGCAUCACCCUGUGCCCUGCGGGGGCCCGGACGAGGCCUGCGGCUCCACAGCUAGCCUCGGUGCUCGCGCAGGUUCCACUUACACAGCUGUGCCGCCAGUAUAGUGACGCACCCCCUCUGACAUUAGAGGGGAUCAAGGACCGUGUUCUUUAUGUCUUGAAACUUUAUGACAAGAUUGACCCAGAAAAGCUCUCGGUAAAUUCCCACUUUAUGAAAGACCUGGGCUUAGACAGUUUGGACCAAGUGGAAAUUAUCAUGGCCAUGGAGGAUGAAUUUGGGUUUGAAAUUCCUGAUACAGAUGCAGAGAAGUUAAUGUGUCCACAAGAAAUUGUAGAUUACAUUGCAGAUAAGAAGGAUGUAUAUGAAUAAAAUAUCAGAUCCCCUUUUUUCACUGGAAGAAGAGUCGGAAGAUGCUGACAAGUGUCUGGAAGUGAGGACGUGUUUUGGCAUUAUUGUUGCCUAUGAGAGAGUAAUUCUGUUUAGACUUGUAUUUAAAUUGUCUGUUUUUUCCUUUGAAAAUAAAUCUAUAAAGCCAA